CCCCCGUCACGUCACACCAAGACACGUCAUCAGUCACAACAAACAUGGCGGAUGCCGGUGCAUCUAUGACUCAAGCGACAAUUUCACUGAUAGGUUUCGCAUUACUGGCAGGGUUUUACCUGACCACUUUAAAUGCACUAUGGACACUGGUCUCCGUUACUGUUACUGCCGUGUUGGUGUCCCAGUUAUUGCGGAAGUUACGGAGAAGAGACGCGUUGACGGAGCUGCGUGUAUGUGUGCUGGUUCUGGGGGAUAUCGGACGCAGCCCUCGCAUGCAGUACCAUGCCCUUUCACUCAGCAAACACGGCUACAGCGUAACGUUUGUUGGAUUCCCUGGUACCAAGCCUCAUCAGGAUGUGAUUGGAGAUGAGAGGAUCACAAUCAUCCCAAUCACAGAACUUAAAGGACUCCAAGUGGGUCCUAGGAUGGUGAGCUAUGUUACCAAGGUGAUUCUCCAGUCCCUGCAGCUUCUCCUGGUGUUAUUGAAGACUGAUGUCCAGUCCCAUAUUCUCAUGCAGAAUCCUCCAGGACUGCCCAGUAUAGUGGUGACGUGGCUGGUGUGUGGUCUGAGAGGAUCCAGGUUCAUCAUUGACUGGCACAACUACGGCUACACCAUCAUGGCCCUCUCGCACGGCCCUGACCACCCCAUCGUCAGGCUGGCACAGUGGUAUGAGCAGUUGUUUGGGCGACUCUCCAGCCAUAACCUUUGUGUCACCAACGCUAUGAAGGAAGACCUCCAGAACAACUGGAACAUCAGGGCGACCACAUUGUAUGACAAGCCACCUGCUGUUCAUGAGGCUGAACACAUUGAGUCAGGUCUGUGUUCAACAGAGGAUGAGGACUUCUCCAUUCUGCUGAAGGCUCUGGAAGACUACGAGGGGUUUGUGAAAGCAGGAGCCUCUCUUCCCUCGCUGGUCUGUGUCAUCACAGGUAAGGGUCCUCAGAAGGACCACUACAGGAAGCUGAUCGACACCCUGAGCUUUGAGCACGUGAAGAUCUGUACUCCAUGGCUGGAAGCGGAGGACUACCCUGCUCUGCUAGGCUCAGCAGAUCUGGGUGUUUGUCUCCAUAAGUCGUCCAGUGGUCUGGACCUGCCCAUGAAGGUGGUGGACAUGUUUGGCUGCUGUCUGCCUGUCUGUGCCAUCCACUUCUACUGUCUACAUGAGCUGGUGAAGCACGAGGAGAACGGGUUGAUCUUCAAAGACUCUGAGGAACUAUCUGGACAGCUCAAGUCUCUGCUGUGGGACUUCCCUGGCUGUGAGGAUGAGGGCAAACUGGGUCAGUUCAGGAGCAACCUCCGGGCCAGUGGGGGGCAGCGGUGGGACCAGAACUGGGAUCAGAACGUCCUGCCGCUCCUCACUGCACCCUGACUCCCCCUGUUAAGACAGAGCUCUUUACAGCAGCUGACUCAUCCCCUCUCUACACCUUCGCUCCGUCUCAAACCCACUUCUUGAGCAUUUUACCAGACGCUCUUAUCCAGAACGACUUACAGGAGCAAGUAGGGUUAAGUGCCUUGUUCAAGGGCACAUCCACGGAUGUUUCACCGAGUCUGCUCGGGGACUCAAACCAACAACUUUUCGGUUACUGGCCCAACGCUCUGAACCGCUAGGCUACCUGCUCUGAACCGCUAGGCUACCUGCUCUGAACCGCUAGGCUACCUGCUCUGAACCGCUAGGCUACCUGCUCUGAACCGCUAGGCUACCUGCUCUGAACCGCUAGGCUACCUGCGCUGAACCGCGAGGCUACCUGCUUCGAACCGCGAGGCUACCUGCUCUGAACCGCUAGGCUACCUGCUCUGAACCGCUAGGCUACCUGCUCUGAACCGCUAGGCUCCCUGCUCUGAACCGCUAGGCUCCCUGCUCUGAACCGCUAGGCUACCUGCUCUGAACCGCUAGGCUCCCUGCUCUGAACCGCUAGGCUCCCUGCUCUGAACCGCUAGGCUCCCUGCUCUGAACCGCUAGGCUCCCUGCUCUGAACCGCUAGGCUACCUGCUACCAACUGCCACAUGGUCCACUUUGAGGACCUGUCGGAAAGAGAGAUCGUUACACCAGGCUCGUCUUUCUUCUGCUCUCUCUCUCCCCAUUUCUCUCUCUCCUUCUGUGGAUCUCUUCAUUCCAGGCCAUUUUGAUUCUCCUCUUAAACAACACGGGGUGGCAGUGUAGCCUAGUGGUUAGAGCGUUGGACUAGUAACCGGAAGGUUGCAAGUUCAAACCCCUGAGCCGACAAGGUACAAAUCUGUCGUUCUGCCCCUGAACAGGCAGUUAACCCACUGUUCCUAAGCCGUCAUUGAAAAUAAAAAUUUGUUCUUAACUGACUUGCCUCGUUAAUUAAAGGUACAAUUAAAAUUAAAAUAAAAUAAAAAACACUUGAAUGUAUAAAUGGGAUAUUUUCCACACAAUGUAAAUAUUUUGAUGUAAAUAAAGACUUUAUUACACAGU